AGCCGCUGCCGGUGCCGGUGCCGGGAUGGCGGCGGGGGGCCGCGCCGCCCGCUCCCCGUGACAGGUGGUGGCUCCCGCCGCGCCCCGCCAUGUACGCCAAGGGCAAGGGCUCCGGCGUGCCCUCCGACGGCCAGGCCCGCGAGAAGUUGGCGCUGUACGUUUACGAGUACCUGCUGCACGUGGGAGCCCAGAAAUCCGCACAGACCUUCCUGUCGGAGAUCCGAUGGGAGAAGAACAUCACGCUGGGAGAGCCCCCGGGGUUCCUGCACUCGUGGUGGUGCGUCUUCUGGGACCUGUACUGCGCCGCUCCCGACCGCCGGGAAACGUGUGAGCACUCCAGCGAGGCCAAGGCGUUCCACGACUACAGCGCGGCGGCGGCGCCCAGCCCGGUGAUGGGGAACCUGCCCCCCGGCGACGGCAUACCGGGAGCGCCCGUGCCGCCCGGCUUCUUUCAGGGACCUCCGGGCUCUCAGCCGUCGCCCCACGCACAACCUCCGCCCCACAACCCCAGCGCCCCCAUGAUGGGGCCCCACAGCCAGCCGUUCAUGUCCCCGCGGUACCCCGGCGGCCCCCGGCCCUCGCUCCGGAUGCCAAACCAGCCUCCCGUGGGCGUCCCAGGCUCCCAGCCGCUGCUGCCGAACGCCAUGGACCCCGGCGCACGAUCACAGGGGCAUCCGAACAUGGGGGGCCCGAUGCAGCGGAUGAACCCGCCGCGCGGCAUGGCCGGGAUGGCACCGCAGACCUACGGCAGCAGCGGGAUGCGGCCCCCCCCCAGCUCGCUGGCCGGCCCGGGCAUGCCGGCCAUGAACAUGGGCCCCGGCGGCCGGGGGCCCUGGCCUAGCCCCAGCGCCAACCCCAUCGCUUACUCCUCCUCGUCCCCCGGGAACUACGUGGGCCCCCCCGGCGGCGGCGGCGGCGGCCCCCCCGGCACCCCCAUCAUGCCCAGCCCCGGAGACUCCACCAACUCCAGCGAGAACAUGUACACCAUGAUGAACCCCAUCGGGCCCGCGGGCAGCCGGCCCAGCUUCCCCAUGGGGCCCGGGCCCGACGGGCCCAUGGGGGGGAUGAGCGCGAUGGAGCCCCACCACAUGAACGGAUCCUUAGGCUCCGGGGACCUGGACGGGCUGCCCAAGAGCUCGCCGAGCAACAUCGCGGCUAUGAGCAACCCGCCGGGGACCCCGCGGGACGACGGCGACAUGGGCAGCAGCUUCCUCAACCCCUUCCAGAGCGACAGCUACUCGCCCAGCAUGACCAUGAGCGUGUGAGCCCAGCUCCGCCGGCCCCCCCCGCGGAGACCCCCCCCCCCCGCCCGCGCGUCCCCGCGGGGCCCAACUCUGCAUUUGAACCACGCCGGGGGGGGGGGGGGAGGAAACCCCCCCCCCACCCCCCCCCCCAGCGCCCCAGCCAGCCGGCCGCCCCCCCCCCACCCCACCAACCGCCAGGCAGAACGGGAGGAAGCCAACAAAAUCACCCAGGAACUGCCCCCCCCCCCCCCGGGCACCGCCGCGGACCUGGCACACUGUCCGGGGGGGGGGGGGG